GUACGCUCUGCCCUCCUCAUCCCCUCCUACUCUCGCUCGGCCCGGCCCGGCCCGGCCCCGCUCGGCGCUGUGAUUGGGCGGAAGAUGGCGCUGGGCGGAUGGAAAUCCUAAUGACGGUCUCCAAAAUCGCCUCCAUCUGUACCAUGGGCGCCAAUGCCUCAGCUUUGGAGAAAGAGAUUGGUCCAGAACAAUUUCCAGUCAAUGAACACUAUUUUGGUUUAGUUAAUUUUGGGAAUACAUGCUACUGCAAUUCAGUUCUUCAGGCACUUUAUUUUUGUCGUCCAUUUCGAGACAAAGUCUUAGCAUACAAAAGUCAACCAAGAAAAAAAGAGAAUCUCCUUACAUGCUUAGCUGACCUCUUCCACAGCAUAGCCACCCAGAAGAAAAAAGUUGGAGUUAUACCUCCCAAGAAAUUUAUAACAAGAUUACGAAAAGAAAAUGAGCUUUUUGAUAACUACAUGCAGCAGGAUGCACACGAGUUCUUAAACUACCUGUUAAAUACAAUUGCGGAUAUCUUGCAAGAGGAAAGAAAACAAGAGAAGCAAAAUGGUCGCUUACCCAAUGGCAAUAUUGAUAAUGAAAAUAACAGCCCACCAGACCCAACGUGGGUUCAUGAAAUCUUUCAGGGAACGUUAACAAAUGAAACCAGAUGUCUUACGUGUGAAACUAUAAGCAGCAAAGAUGAAGACUUCUUAGAUCUUUCUGUUGAUGUAGAACAAAAUACUUCAAUUACUCAUUGCUUAAGGGGUUUCAGCAAUACAGAAACUCUGUGCAGUGAAUACAAGUAUUACUGUGAAGAAUGCCGCAGUAAGCAAGAAGCACAUAAAAGGAUGAAAGUAAAAAAACUGCCUAUGAUUCUGGCUCUCCAUUUGAAGAGAUUUAAAUAUAUGGAUCAGCUGCACAGAUACACAAAACUCUCUUACAGAGUAGUUUUUCCUUUAGAGCUUCGUUUAUUUAACACCUCAGGAGAUGCCACCAAUCCUGACAGAAUGUAUGACCUCGUUGCUGUGGUAGUUCAUUGUGGAAGUGGCCCUAACAGAGGACAUUAUAUUGCAAUAGUGAAGAGUCACGAUUUUUGGUUGCUUUUUGAUGAUGAUAUUGUUGAGAAAAUUGAUGCGCAAGCGAUUGAAGAAUUCUACGGGUUGACGUCAGACAUCUCAAAGAACUCUGAGUCUGGUUACAUCCUCUUCUAUCAGUCUCGGGAUUGAGGGGGAGUUACAGUGAAGAGAGAUUGUUACGCCUCGCAUCUUCUCUAUCUUGGAUUGGAGCAAGCACUGCAAGAAAGGAAGCUGGAAGCUCCAGGGGCAGUAGCACAGUUUGCACACAGCUAAGCAAAGAACUUGGGAUUUUUAAGACCUUUGUAUCAUUUUCAUUUUAUUUGCUCAGGUAUCAUGCUGACUGCACAUCUCCACUGCAUCUCAUAAGCAAAAAAGAGAUACCAGCCACUCUUGCAGGAGCUUUCUGUUAGGAUGUACUGUCUCCAAAUACUGGUCCUAAUUCAAAGCCUAUUAAGGUCACUGGAAAACCUUUCAUGGAAUUCAGUGGAAUUUGAAUCAGAUUCUAGCAGCACUGCCAGAUUGGUGCAAUAGGAGCAUUAGAGAUCUCUAUUUUAUAUAGACUUCAUAUGUAAGAGGUAAAGGACUCUAUGUAAACUGAAUUUCCUGUGCUUAAUUUUGAAAGAACGAGGCUGGAACGUUACUGUGUAAGCAAAAAGAUAUAUCUGGGCCCAAUUGCCUUCUUGAUAGUAGUAGUUUAACCGAAGAUACAAACUGGUGUCAGGGAGGCAAAUUAUGUUUUGCUUCUCUGAAGAAGCUUACGUUAUUUAUAAUGUAUGAUCGGGAACAAUCAGUCAAGAUUAUGGCUUUUAGUCUCCGUAUGGGGAAAGGUUUGGUUUGUAAUAGUAUAUGUUUAUUUAUAAAUUAUUGUUACUUAGGAUCUUGUUACUUAGAAUCUCCUUUAUUCUAGCUGGUAUUGGGGAUUUUAUAUAUUAAUUUGAAUUAAAACUAAUUAUGUUUAAAUGUUUAAAGAAAAAAAAAAGCUGAUAUAAAGUCUAAAAGCAAUGCCUGCAAUGUCUUUAAAAAUGAGUAACAUAGAGAGAUUUCCUUCUGGAGGAACUGGUAUCUAAGUGGGGUACGUUUAUUAAAUCAGAAUAUUAUCUUUCCAUUAAUGUGUAAAAAGUGAUCAAAAUAAUACAUAGAAGACUUUAAUGAAUGCAUAUCACAAGAAAAAGGUGGUGCGGUGGUGGUAUACCAGUCUUGAUAGUUUUUCAGUUGUUUGUUAAUGUCUUGUGCUCUAAGCAGUUUGGAACCAUUCUCAGAAUAUCAUUCCCUCUCCUAAAAAUGGAUCCACUUAUGUUACUUAUGUUGGUCACGUGGGUGACUGUUUCAAAAACCACUCAACGUCUCAAGUACAAAUUGUGUCUAAGCAAUAAAAAGAAAUAGGCUUAGAAUUUCAUGAGACUGGAGAUAUACUACAAAUUCCUUUAAAAGUAGUAUAAAGAAGAGGAUUUUUCACCCCUAGGGUGAAAAAUUCUGAAACCAACUGCUUAUACUUCACUUUAGGUUUAUGAAAUAGCAUUAAGAAUUAAAUCUUGACAAAACACCUGAUCUGUAAUAAAUGUGAACUACUGUGAUUCGACAUUCUUCCUCUUAACAGUACUUUGUCUGUCAGUAGCUGAAUGUAACUUCUGGAAAGUCGGGGGAUAUUCAUUCCUGAUGAUGGCAAUCAAGUUUCGGAUGUCCUUGUCUCCCUUCUUCAGCUAGUGAUUUCUACCUUAUUGUAGUUUUCUAAGGUCAUUUUAUUGAUACUGUUGCAAACUUUAAAAAGAAUGUCUCCUGUCUGCUGCUAUAACUAUUUACUUACCUGUAUCUUUUAGCUCAGGAAAUGACUUCACCUAUUCGCUCAGUUGAACUAAUCUUUAACAGGGUCACUGAAUAAAUUGGGCUAUUUAGCAACUGUCAUACUGUAACAAACUGCUUUUGUAAAACGCAAAGUUUCUAAAGCCCUGGUUAGGCUAGAACACUUUUAUAUAAAAUCAUUUAUAGUGAUCAAACUGUCCAAGAACCAGCAUUGCAAAGUAAAGCUUCAAUAUUGUGGGGGAUGCAGAAAAUACGAUUGGAUUUUUCUUAAGGAAUUAAAAUAGUUUUAAAACCUUUUUUCAGCUUUCUGUGGGAAAAGGGCUAACGGGUGAGGCAGUUGAUUAAUGCUGCACAUUAAAGGAUGAAGUCCUUUGCAUACUAAAGGUACAGUAUUGUAAAAGAACUAAAGAACUGUCGUGUUUCUUUUUUACUAAUUGAUAAAUGUUUGGUCCUUCUUUUUUUGUGGCGUAGCUCAAAGCUGAGGCUAGUUGCUAAAUACUUUAUACCCUAACAAAAUGUAAAACACUUGUGUUUUAUUCACUGGUUUUACUUCUGCAACUUAUUUUUGUAAGACACUGACUUUUAUUUUGUGUAGGGUUUUUGAGAUAGUAUUCCAAAUUACAUAUUUCACUUUGCUUUUUUUUUUUUUUUUUUUUUUUUU